GUGCGUGCCCUCUCCCUGCAGACCUGCGGAGGAUGACGGCGGGCUUCAUGGGCAUGGCGGUGGCCAUCAUCCUGUUCGGCUGGGGCAUCGGCGUGCUGGGCUGCUGCUGGGACCGCGGCCUCAUGCAGUACGUGGCCGGGCUGCUCUUCCUGAUGGGAGGGACCUUCUGCAUCAUCUCGCUGUGCACCUGCGUGGCGGGCAUCAACUUCGAGCUGUCCCGCUACCCGCGCUACCUGUACGGGCUGCCCGACGACAUCGGCCACGGCUACGGCUGGUCCAUGUUCUGCGCCUGGGGUGGCCUGGGGCUCACGCUCAUCGCCGGCUUCUUCUGCACCCUGGCGCCGUCCGUGCAGCCCAUCCCGCGCUCCACCUGCCCCAAGACCCGACAGGAGAACGGCACCGUCUGCUAGAAGGGCCGGGGCAAAGGGAGCGCCAAGCUAGCCAAGCUAACCAAGCUAACUACGCUAACUAAGCCAACUCGCCAAAACGACAAAAUGGAACCCCCCCCCCC